AUCUGUGAGAGUCCCGAAAGGUCCAGCUUUGAAUGCAUCAAACUACCACUGGUGGCUUUUGAACACAUAAAGAAAACAAGAAGAAAGUAAACUUUGAAUAUUACCACUGCCCAUCAUUUUCCAACCCGAAGGUAGCUCAGAAGGUUCAUUGUGGAAUUCAACGACUACCCCUUUUCAUUUUACAGUUUUUGACACGCAUUUGAAGGCCCUCCUUUGGAGCAGGUUUUUCUUUUUCCGAGAGGUAUAUAUAAGCAGGGAGCCAGUUGGGCAGACCCAUCAUUUCAAUUUAAUUCGUGGGUGUUUGAGUUUGUUCUUGGAGUUAGACUUGAUUUCUCUUUAGCAUACCAGACUGAUAUCUUGACGAGCCAUCCAGGAAGAAGGAGGAAUCAUAAUAAGUGGGUGCUUUCUUCAAAGUUCAAACAAAUUGAACUGCUUGUUCAUACAUCUGCAGCUCUAUGGGAUUAUCGCUUUCGUUACUCUUAUCAGCCUGGGAAGAAAUUGUUCGCCAUUCAUUGUUUGGUUUGUCUUUCAACUUCGGUUUUGCUUCCAAAGAUGGGGCUAGGAUUCUAAGAUCAGGCAGCAGCUUAAAGAAAAGAGAAUCAGGCACUACCAUACUGUCAAAUGGGUCCGACAACACCAGCAAUUCAACCAAGUUGAAGGAUCACAGACCAGAAAAUAUAAUUCUUGAAGGGAAUCCUUCAGAUGCUGAAGUGAACAUAAUUUCUGAUUCUCUAACGAGCAAAACUGUGCCUAUCCUAUCUCUACCUGAAGAAGUAAUUUUCUCUUCACCCAGACCCAUCAGUGAGCUUGAUGCUGCUGCAACUAAGCUUCAGAAAGUCUACAAGAGUUACCGUACUAGAAGAAACCUUGCGGACUGUGCUGUGGUGGUGGAGGAACUCUGGUGGAAGGCACUGGACUUUGCUGCCCUCAAACGGAGUUCUAUUUCGUUCUUUGAUGUCCAGAAACAGGAAACUGCUGUAUCACGGUGGGCAAGGGCAAGGACAAGAGUAGCUAAGGUGGGAAAAGGUUUGUCCAAGGAUGAGAAGGCACAAAAACUAGCCCUACAACAUUGGCUUGAGGCUAUUGACCCACGUCAUCGAUAUGGCCAUAAUCUGCACCUCUAUUAUGAUACAUGGUUUGAAAGCCAAAGCACCCAACCAUUUUUCUACUGGUUGGAUAUCGGAGAAGGCAAAGAAGUAAAUCUUGAGAAGUGUCCAAGAUCCACUCUUCAACGCCAAUGCAUUAAAUAUCUUGGACCAAAAGAAAGGGAAGAAUACGAAGUUAUUGUUGAAGGAGGCAAGCUGGUGUACAGACUGGAUGGGAAGCUUCUGGAUACUGAUGAUAAGUCCAAAUGGAUAUUUGUUCUGAGCCCCACAAGGUCUUUGUAUGUGGGGCGAAAGAAGAAGGGUUCUUUUCAGCAUUCUAGCUUCCUGGCUGGAGCUGUAACCACAGCAGCAGGAAGAUUAGUGGCUCAUCAGGGUGUCCUUGAGGCUAUUUGGCCCUAUAGUGGACACUACCUCCCUACAGAAGAGAACUUCAAAGAAUUCAUUAGCUUUCUUGAGGAGCACAAUGUAGACCUCUCCACUGUUAAGAGAUGUGCAAUUGAUGAUGAUGCUACUUCAUUCUAUGGAACAACUUCACUCAUUGCAAAUAAACAACCACAAGCAGAUAAGGGUCCCACUUCACAACCAGAGCUUACAACUACAAUUGAUGCCAAAGACAAUAAUGGCAAGGAGACAGACAUUGGCGACACGAAGGUUGAGGCAAAAGUUGUUGCUAUUGAAGAUGGUGACAAGAAGGUCGAGGCCCCAGCUUUUGACCUGUCCAAGAGGUUGUCUCGCAAGUGGUCAACUGGGGCUGGGCCCAGGAUUGGGUGUGUGCGUGAGUAUCCUGGGCAUCUGCAAUCAAGAGCAAUGGAGCAAGUGAAUUUGUCACCUAGGCCCAAUUCUGGAAGACUGAACAACUACGGCCCAAUUCCUUCACCAAGGCCCAGCCCAAAAGUCAGGAUGUCUCCCAGCAUUGCUUACAUGGGACUGCCCAGUCCUAGGACCCCUAUAGCUGUAGCAAGUUAAGGCUAUAUAGACUUGUAGGGAUUAGGGUCCUUCUUCAGAGUAAAUAAAGACUUCUGAACCCUAAAAAUGACCAAAGAUGGGUCAGAAGAAAGAGGGUUCAUGUGAAGGGGCAGAGUAUUUAACCUUAAAUGCCCUCUGUUUUAUUUUGUUUUAUAUUUUUUCAUGAAUUUAUUUAUUCCUUUAUUCUUUGAAAUAUUUUGAUAUUUUUGCUUCAUUGACAAGCUUCACCCAAUUUUGUUCCUCUUUUGGAGAGGUGGAUUACCAAUUGUAUGUUAAAAAUUACAUGAAACUUAGUACCAGAGAAACAGUCUAAGUUUUUUUUUUUAA